AUGGAGUGUGGUGACAGUCCAAGGAGAAUAUCCAAUGGACUGGUUGAAAUGACUUGGUACCUUCCUUGUGGGAACAAAAACAUGGAUAUUUUCAGUGAGCCAGUAGCUGUAGCUAACCUUCGUGGAGACAUUGCCUCGUUUGAAACACAAUUUUCUUUUUUGUGUCAGACAUCAGCAGCAGUUUUUGUGUUCUUUGACAAUUUGGACUCUGAGUGUGAGCUGCUCACCAACCAACACCACAAGGCACAGAUCUUUUUGGUAGGUAACCAUCAAAGUAAGCACUUCAGUGGUGAUGCUGUAAAGAAGGUGGCAACCAAGUUGGGCUUGAACAACAGCAACAUCCUUUUAAAGACUAAGCAGAUGAAUGAUGCAGACUUUGCCAAAAAUCUGAGGAAAACAGUCAGCAAAGUAGUUGAGAACUCAAAGAUGAAGAUGCAAAUUGAGCAGAUGGCUGACACUGCCCAUGAACUGGGAAUCUUGGUUGAUGAAGACUCUUCAGAGUGCCAGACUGCCAAGAAAAAUGCAGAUGCCAUUACUGCAGAAAUUCAAGACAUCCUUAAAUACAAAGACACUCAGCUACCCUUGCAAGGCCAAAUAUGGAAGGAGCUGACUCGCUUAGAGAAGGAACAAUUUCGGCUUCGAAAAGUUGGGUCCCAGAACGUAGAAAAGUACAAAAGUGACCUUGAGAUACAGAAAACAGAACUUAGGGAUAAACAGAACUCUUGUGACAUGUCAAAUGCAAUGACAUGUUUUAUCAACACAAUAUCAAGCCCAGGGAUAGAGAGGUGCUAUUUCCUGAAAUGGAUGCGAAUGAACCUUGAUAACCUGUCUCGAGGAAAAGUGUCUGGCCUUCGAAAGCAGUACAGAGAAAUAUGCAAAAAUUCUGAGAACAAAGAGGAGAUCAAAGAAAUCGACAGGCAACUCUCCAACAGCUCACUGGGGACUGAACACUUCUUCCGUGAAAUGGGUCAGAUCUAUGAGGCUUCACUGUCUCUUCCAGAAACACACCCAUCACGUAAACAGUUACAACAUCUGCCCAAACUAUGUGCACAACUGUUACUUGAUGGAUUUCCCCUUGAGCUUGUAGAUGGAGAUGCCUCCAACAUACCUCUCAGAUGGGUGAGUGACGUCCUCUCUCAGCUCAAUGGCUUGGUGUCUCCUAAGAACAAGAUACUGGUGGUCACAGUUCUUGGAGUUCAGAGCACAGGAAAGUCUACUCUCCUCAACACCAUGUUUGGAGUGCAGUUUGCAGUCAGCAGUGGUCGUUGCACUCGAGGUGCCUUUAUGUUGCUCAUCAGAAUCAAUGAAGAUGUUAAAAAAGUCCACAACUGUGACUUCAUGGUGAUCAUUGACACUGAGGGCUUAAAGUCACCAGAGCUUGCACAACUGGAUAAUAGCCAUGAGCACGACAAUGAGCUUGCAACACUUGUUGUGGGGCUGAGUGAUAUCACCAUCAUCAAUAUCGCAAUGGAGAAUUCAACAGAAAUGAAAGACAUCCUACAAAUAGUUGUGCAUGCUUUUCUCAGGAUGACAGAGGUGGGCAAAAAGCCCAAAUGUCAGUUUGUCCACCAGAAUGUGUCGGAUGUUUCAGCUCAUGAGAAGAACUUACAAGACAGGAAACUGCUCUUGCAACAGUUAAAUGAGAUGACCCAGGCAGCAGCCAAAAUGGAAAAGAAAGAGGAGAACAUGAGCUUCACUGAUGUGAUGGAGUACAGUCCAGACACUGGGAACUGGUACAUUCCUGGACUCUGGAAUGGAAACCCACCAAUGGCACCAGUCAAUGCAGGGUACAGCGAAGCUGUAUAUGAGCUCAAGAAAAAUGUAAUCAAGAUUUUGGGACGUUGUGAGUCAUCUGCUAAUAAUAUCUGGGAGUUUACAGAGUGGAUGAAAAACCUGUGGAAUGCAGUAAAGCAUGAAAACUUCAUCUUCAGCUUCAGAAACAGCCUGGUGGCUGAUGCAUACAUGAGGCUGUGCACAGAAUUCAACACAUGGGAAUGGGAAUUCAAAAAAGAAAUGUACACAUGGGUUACAAAUGCUGAGACAAGAAUUUCCAAUUUUGACAAAUUUGCUGUGGAAUCUAAGAAACCUGACAUGACAGAUUUUCUCACUGGUUUGAAAAGUGAAGCGUGCACAGUGCUGACGGAAUGGGAGACAAAGCUUCUUGACAAUUUGACACAGUACUUCAAGCAAACAGAGGGUCACGUCCAUCUAGUUGAAGGAUACAGAGAAGACUUUGCAAACAGUGCAAAGACCCUUCGACGAGAAAUGGAGAGCUCUGUGUUUAAUCAACUCACAGCAACAGCUGACAUCAGACAGGGAAUGACAGAACUUGAUAAAAUCAAGGAGAACCACACAAAAGAAUUAGAGGGGAGAGUGUGUGCACUGAUUGAAGAAUGUCGGAAGAAAAAAGUCAAGAUGACAGACGAAGAGCUCGACAAAGAAUUUAAUAAGAUGUGGAACAGAAUGGUGAAGGAACUCUCCUUCUCAAAAAUAAAUGUCAAGGACAUUUACACCAGUGUGUCCUACCAUCUAAGAACAAAUCUAUCACACAAGGGAAUCAAUGCGAGUGAUUCAGUAAGUAAAAAAAGUCUGCAAGAUUGUCGACAAGCAAUUUUCAGACAUUCACCCAAAGGAUUUGUUGAGAAGUGUAAACACGAAGCCACCAAGUAUUUAAACAAGUAUUUCAACAUCCAAGAUCACACAGUGGUAGUCCGACAAAUGGCUGACAGCAUCAUACAUGCUUGCACACAGAUUGUAAAAGAAAAAAUACAAAGAAAAACCAAUUACCAUGACACCUACAUCCAGGAGAUCUUAAAUGUGAUUGAUGAGAGGCUGCAAAAAAAUCAGGAUGUUAAGACAGAUGCUGAGUUUGAAAUUUCUCUGAAACAGCACAUCUGUGGAGACGCAGCCAGACAGUUUCAGAUCAUGCACGAAGAUUUCAUACAUGAGAAUGAUCCCUACAGGUGUCUGAAUCGAAACAAAGAAAAGUUUCGCACUGAUUUUAAAGACGUGUUCCAUGAUCGAGACCAGUGCCAGAAGAAGGCAGAAGAAUUCACACACCGCUGCCUGAAGCCUGCAGUUGAAGACUUUGUCAAGCGUUCCUUGGGUCCUGAUAUCGUUGGUGAAAUGAUGACAAUCCCGCAGUUCAGCACACGAAUAUAUCUCCAGUAUACAAUUUUACUGGAUUUGCUCACAAAGGAUGACUUUAAAAGCUAUCUGAGCUACAUUGACUCAUAUGAGGAUUAUGUAAAGAAAUGGAUCCUCGACCAAAUAGUAGAGCACUUCUCAAAAGGGUCUAUCAUGUUUGAGCUUGAGGAUAAACAUGUUCAGUCAAGCAUCAGGAACAUAACUAAUGCUAUCAACAAAGCUAAAACCAAAAAGAUUGCCAACUUAAGAAAAUUUGUUGAAGAUGUCUGUCAGGAACUUGGUGAUAAACUGGUAAUUUCCCAGGAUGCUCUUGGUGCUUUCAUGAUCCUGAACAAUGCUGAUGAGGAACAGUUUGCUAACUGGCUCACUGACUGUCUGAAGGACAUGGCAGAAGCUCUCACAGAAAAGUUUAAAGAAACAAACAUCCAAACAAAACUAAAACAACUUCAUGUGAAUCCUCAGAACGAGCUUUUCACCAAACUGAUUGGAUGUGGUAAACAGUGUCCAUUCUGCAAAGCACCUUGUGAGGCAGGAGGAAAAGACCACACUGAGCACUGGACUUUACUACAUCGGCCAAGGGGUCUGGGCAGAACAAGGUGGGCUGGGACAGAAAAACUUGUCACUGACGUAUGCACUUCCGCUGUGAAUAGUGACAUCUGUUUUAGCCGCAGUGCUUCAGGUGAACGGCACCCUUACAAGCGCUACAGAGAAAUUUUCCCUGACUGGAAAAUUGCUCCAGAUGUAAGCCUGACAGCAUCAGACUACUGGAAAUAUGUGAUGACAAGGUUCAACAAAGAGUUUGCUGAAGAAUACCAAGCAGAGCCUGCUGAUAUUCCAGACACUUGGAGAGAUAUCACAUAUGAGCAUGCAGAGAAGAGUCUCAAAGAGUCAUUUAACAUCAAGUGAGAGAGAGAGAGACAACAUGCUUUGUGAUUAUAGAGGUGCACUUCCUCCUACAUAAAAUAAUUCUGUAUCUGCUCAAGGAUAUCUUGAUCCUACUUGUUUUAUAUGAUAUAGAGAAGAGUCACAAAUAGUAACAUGCUGUAUGUAAGAGGACAAGGUUUAAGAUAUUGUAAGUUGACUCAAACAUUUUACCACGAAGGCUUACAAUAGGGAAAUUACUGCAAUUGACCUGAAACUGCAUUUAACAUGUUUAAUAUAAAUAAUCAACUCUAGCUCUGUUCCUGCUGAUGAUGACAUUUUAAAUACUUUGCAUACUUUGAGUCAAUGUACCUUUAGGAGCACAUAUUGGAAACAUACCUACAAACAUACUUAAUGUUGGCAGUUUGAUUAAUGUGAUAUGAUUUUUUUUUAUGUUUUUGUUUCUAUGAAGUAUCUGAGGCAGGAUAUUUAAAUGUCUUUCUUUUUUUAACACCACUCAGUCUUUAUGUGGUAUUGUCAUAACAAGACAGAACGUUUUGCUUUUAAUCUUAAGUAUAUGUGAUUGUUUGACCGAAAGUUAGGAUCUAAUUGUCUUUGUUUCUUAGAAGUGUUUGAUGCAAAAUAUUUCGAUUUUCAGUGUAUUAAAGGACCAUUCAUUCUAUUGUAUAUGUGAUAUCAUCAGUGUCAAUACAUUACUAACAUUUGUUAACUGCUUUAAUAAAG